GGCAAUGGUGCUUAAAUGUCAGGCAGACUGCUAAGCUACUGUCGCUUUAAGACACCUGAUGAUGACAAAGAAGGAAAACCCCCAUGGAGGAAGCAGGAAGUUCGUUUACCAAGAAGGAGAGCAAAUAAACCUGAAAUAAACAAUACACAAAGCACAGAGCAAAAGUUUCACACCUUCAUCGCAAUGGCUGGCAUUAAAGCACUGGUUGGGUUGUCCUUCAGUGGUGCCAUUGGACUAACAUUUCUUCUUCUGGGCUGUGCACUGGAACAGUACGGGGUAUACUGGCCGCUGUUUGUCCUGAUUUUCUAUAUAUUAAGCCCCAUCCCAACCUUCAUAUCCAGACGCCUCAGUGAUGACACUGACUCGUCCAGCAAUGCAUGCAGAGAGCUGGCCUACUUCUUAACAACUGGCAUUGUGGUAUCAUCUUUUGGGCUUCCCAUCGUGCUAGCCCGCACUAGCACAAUCCAGUGGGGUGCUUGCGGUCUGGUGAUGACAGGAAACGCUGUCAUCUUUCUCACUAUCCUUGGCUUCUUUGUCGUGUUUGGAGGUGGGGACGACUUCAGCUGGGAGCAGUGGUAGAGUGCCGUCAGACAGUGGAUAGACAGAAGGUCAGAUGGACGGAUGGAUGGAUGGAUGGGUGGGUAGGUGGAGAGUUGAAUGGAUAGAGAGCAGACUGAGGCGCACGUGUCCUGCACUGAGGGGUGAUGCUCAUGUACAGUGUACGCUGCAAAAUGUCAAAAUGACUGGGUUUUCAGGUCGAUUUUUAUAUUUAAGAGUAUCUGGGUUGGAGACAACACUAUGUGCCCUAUUAAUGUGCCUUAUGUCUGGGACUAGAAAGACACUGAUGCCUAUCCAGCUAAACCCAUGUAUUUUUGCUUGCCUCGCUUUUAUUUCAAACCCCAAAUCACCCCGCUUAUUGCUGCUGCCUGCAAUUUCAUUAUGCUUCAUAUAAUCAAUAUAAAGGAAUCCUGAAGAGUGACUCUAUUGUAAUGUACACUGCAAUGCUCACUGCAUUAUCUGUCCUCAUUGUUCAAGGGGGAAGUAGCUAUACUGAAUUAUGGCUUGCUUAUUAUGAGCACUGUUUGCUGUUUAAAGUGUGACGGCGGGGCAUCUUGUCUUAAUCCAUGCUAUCUGACAACUAGUUGAAGGAUUCCUCAUCAGGUAAAGAUAUAUUUGUAUGGAGAUGAUGUGUUUUUUGUUUUCAUUUUGCUACAAGACUUUAAAGCCUUUUUUUUGUUGUUCUGGUGCAAUUGUUUACAGUACAUUCUCACCAAAGAUCAUUUUAGAGUGCAACAUUGAGGCAUAUUUUUCACCGCUGAACUGUAUUGAUCUGUGCUAUGCAGUAAUAUGAUUGGAAGAAAGCGCUGUUUAGUGAAAAUCAUACAUCUAAGUGUCUAUGUUCAGUUAUUGUGUGAACAGGCCAGAUAAAUCACCCAUAUCCAUUUUAUAUUCCUGCAGACGAAAACGGAAAUCCUACUACUGACAAGAGCAUGAUAUUAAUUUACGUAUGCUAUUUUGCCAUGUUGAAUGGCAAACUCAUUCAUAAGUGCCUGUCAUCCACAGUGUGUAUUUUGAUUAAUAGAAAAAUCACUGUGA